GCUUAAUGUACACCCCCACUUCUGUCUUUUAAUUAAGACCUCAUCAAGAAUAAUUUGAGUUUCACUUUUUUGCGUCGUCAUUUUUCAUAGCACAACUGAAAAUGUCGAACCAUGCAGUAUUGUUAAUCCUACUAGUACUCUUACCACUACUUUUCCCGAUCCAGAUGGUGCUUUGUUCCUGCGGCCUGAGCUCCUGCGGCGGAACUCCGAUCAAAUAUCCAUUUGGAGUCGACGAUGGAUGCGGGUCCCCGAGUUACCGUCACAUGCUCGACUGUUCGGGGCAAGGCCAUGAGCAGGCCUUGGUCUUGCGGAACCCUUCAGCUGCCAACUCUUGGGUCCGUAUCCGAUCCAUUGACUACGCUGCCGGAACCAUGAUCGUCGUUGACCCGGGAAUGUCAACUUGCUCGGACCUUGAACCCGCCCGGGGAACUGGUAUUCCGAACCUACAAUACUCCGCCUUCAUCACCCCGUACUCCAUGAAAAACGGGUUGUUCCUCAUGAACUGCUCCGGCGAUUCGCCCGUCCUUUCAAAACCCAUAUGCUUCGAUAAUAUCCCCGGAAGCCACACUUGCUACGAGCUCUACGAGGCUUGUAGUUCGUUCAAGGUCAUCGCGGCGGCGGUGGCGGCGUUGCCACCGUGCUGUUUCACCACUUAUGAUACGGUUAGGAACAUGAGCUUAAACAACGAGUUGAAGUGUUCCCAUUACACCAGCGUUUAUGAUACAAAUGGAUUGAAGGAGGGAACGGACCCGGUGGAUUGGCAGUACGGGAUGAAGCUGUCAUUCUACACUCCGGCCGGUUGCGACGCCUGUCACAAGUCCGGCGGGGCUUGUGGGUAUGACGUCAACACUUUGGGGUUGACUUGCCUCUGUAACCCGCUAUUGAAUGCGACCAGAGAAUGUGCUCCAGGAACUGUUCCAUCAAAGAAAGGAGGGUUGUCAACUGUGGCAAUAAUAAUAAUAAUAAUGAUAAUAGCAGCAACCUUCUUGUUGGGAGGCGUUGGCGUUACUUUCCUUGCAGUUAAACUGAAAGUUGGAGAGAAUUGUAUAAUGAACUGUUUCAAUGGAAAAGUUAACAAUACCAGUAAUUACUACAAUAGUAAUAGUAAUGGUAAUAGCAAGAGGUCUGAGGCUGAAUUGCUGCGGAGGACACCCACAUCGUCUACUAAGAAGGGGCAAACUAGAACAAACUCUAACCAGAGUGAAACUCGAAAAGGCUAGGUUGUGGAGGUUCAAUUAUGCGCGUGAUAUUUUUGUACCCUACUAAGAAGGCUCCGUCUUCUGCAGUUUUUCUGUUUUGAUGAAUGUUUUUCUUUUCCUUUUUCCCCUUAAAUUCCACAAUACAAAAGUCUUGUUGAUCUUUCACCAAAGGAGGAAGAGUUGUAUCGUAUAAUUCAUAAUUGCUCACACUGCGGAGACCGCAUUGUCGCGUUGCUAGAGUUUGCAGUGUGUAAAAAUGGGAGCAAAUAGAGUUAAUUAAAUACUAAUUGAUCGACCAACAUCAUUUAUAAUUUAAAGAGUAAUUUAAAAUGACCUAGAGAGCCUGAGAAUUCGUUUGUUGAACAAGUUGACAUGGCAACAUCUAAUAUAUACCUUCAAUUACACGUUUGAUGCUUUGUGUUUUGAUUUGAGUCCGGCAGCGGAACCUUCAUAAUAAUAAUAAUGUAUAUAUUAAGGACCUAUCAGACAAAAUUAAUUGACA